ACGGCAAUAUCGCCAUACCUCGACAUUCGGCCUCUUAAACACUUUGCACAGAACAAGUCCUUCAGUAGCACUAGCUACUACUUAUUAAACUACCGCGAACUAAAUCAUUUAUGGUCGACGCGAACAAUACGAGCAAUGCCACGGCUCCCGUCAAUAGCACUAUUCAGGCCUGGCAUAAAUUGCAAGGGCACAUCAUAGACAAGAAAUAUGACGCUGGCUAUAUCAUUUUGUCAUACUUUAUCAGCUUGGUAGGUGCAUGGACAGCCUUUGAGCUACUGAAUUUGAGAACGACAAGGAAGGGUCGUUAUAACUGGUAAGAUCUUAUGCGUUAAUUUUACGAAUCCAAAACCUAGAUUAAUCAGCUAUUAGGACAGUGCUUGUUUUUGCUUCAAUAUCGAUGGGAGGUGUUGCUAUUUGGUGUAUGCAUUUCGUCGGUGACGAAGGAAUCAUUCUAGGUGACGGCGAUCCUACCUUACAAAUCUCAUAUAAUCAGUCUUCGACGUCCGAGUCAUUUUUUCUUCCUGUCAUAGUAUUCUUCAUCGCAUUUUGGACUGUUGGCUCUAAUGAAACAGUAGAUAUACCCCGCGUUGGUCUAGGCGGAACUCUGGCUGGUCUGGGAAUAUGUGGCAUGCAUUACCUUGGACAAGCUAGUAUCGCUAACUACACAUGCCUUUACAAUAUUAUCUGGGUCGUAAUUUCUGCUUUCAUAGCUAUCUCAGGUAGCAUAGGAUCAAUCUACUUGUUUUUCCUCUGGCGUUCAUCAUGGGCGUCAGGUUGGUCCAAGAAGGGUACCUGCGCAUGUAUACUCGCAUUUGCCAUAUCUGGAUUACAUUGGCUAUCUUCUAUCGGCACGCACUACCGCCUGAAUGGUCUUCCAACACCCCCAAACUCAAAUCCUACUCAAGGAUUUGCCAUAAUUGUGGCUACAGUUCUGGUAUGUUAGUUCCAAGAAGUUUGGAGCAAAAUGUUGAUUUAUAUAGACCAUACUUGCCGCCAUCAUAAACAUAACAUUAAAAUUCGUGCUCUUCACACACAAACAAGAUACUAUCAAUCGUUCUCAAAAGCUCACUUUGUUGACUGCCAUAUUCAACAAGCAUGGAAAUGUUUUAGUCGAUUCGCAGGGUAUUCUACCGAAUAGAAAGAUAACUAAUUCCUUCAUCGAGGGGGCAAGUCUAGAUACUAUUCUGUAAUUAUCUUUAAACUAACGUAUUCUAGUCCUUGAGUGAAGUUUUCAACACUUCGCAUCCGAUAUUUCUGUGGAUAUUUAGAGCAGCAAAGAAUUGGCAUUGUGUUAAAGAUAUUAUUCCAGCUAUGCGUCUCAACAUCAAUGAUCAUAUUGAGAAACAUCGACUUGGUAGCAAGGAAGAAGUAAGCCUUGUGGAUAGCGACGGUGACUUGAUUAAGGGUUAUUCCAUCGUAUUUCGGGAACUGUUUUGCAUCGCCGCCGCCGAUCUUGCGAAUGAUCUUCGUAUCCCAAUGGAAAAGUUAGGUCCUUUGUAUGACGAUGUCAUCGGUACGGGUCAGAAGAUUCCUUUAUCAGUAAUCAUCAAGUCUAGGGUCUCUAUUUUGAGCGACUUAAUCGAGAGGAUAAUUGGUGAUCUUAAGCAAAAGAUUAAAGGUGGCCGUCGGGUAAUUAGAAGGCCUAGGAAGGACAUCGAAAAAGAUGCAGGAGCAGGAACCGGCCAAUUACUCUUCCUUGCCAAGAAAGUACAGAGACGCGAGGCAGAGGCUCUACAAGCUGCUGGAUAUCGAUUUGGGAAGAUCGAACAAGUUUUGCCACUUCUAUCGUACACCAUGAAAAUUGGGGAAGAAGACCUUGCCAAACAUCUCUCCGAACUGUGGAGAUUUGCGAAUCAGGAUGAUAUGCUAGAACCAGGUUGUCAUCUCGCCUGUUUUGCAGUUCGAGCUUCUGUUCGAGGAGGGUUUGAUAUUGUUGUUAGGAAAGACGCCAAAAGCCAAAUUCCGACGAUGACAUUACCCUUUGAAACGCUGGAAGAUUGGCAGAAGGACUUUUUGACUGCAAUGAAUACCCUUAGUGUAACGGAAUGUCAAAGGUUUUUGGCCAAGGCUGUCAAGGCAAAAGAGCUACCUACAAGGGAGAAGACAUUUUCGAAUCAACUGCUUACUACACUCCAGUCCUUGAAAUACGAGAUUGGCGAUCCUAUAUUCAGUGAAGCAUGCCUAGUAUCCAAGCCUAUCGAAGCUCCAUGUCGUGGAACUUCAGCAAACCACAGGCCCGGCAUAGGAUUCUUAAUUGCGUUCCGACUAAUGGUACCUAUCAACACUCGACGUGCACCCGGUAAAAAAUGCGCGUUUGCGCCACUUACUCUAUUUAAAUUACAACAACGUGUUUACAAGAAUGCUCCGGACCAUUCCUUUUUUGUACGUGCCAUAUAUCGAGAAUUUUCACCAAUAUUCGCAGCGACCGCUCGUGAUUGUUCACAAGAAAAGAAACUUCUAUCAGGUUGGAGAAACACUAGAGAGAAUGGCCAUGUGAAUCUCGAGGUAGUUGAGGAACAUGACCCCUUUGGAAACGCCAUAACUCGGAUCGUACCCAAAAGGGAGAAGGAGUUACAAGCACGACCCACCUUGGAACGGUUAAGAACCCUUUGGGAUACACGUCUUGGUCGCUCCAGAGAUGAAAACGAUACUAAUGAAAGAAUUGAAAGACAGAAACCAAUAAGAGCAGCUUCCUAUCAAUCGAUGGGCAUAUUGGUCAGCACGGAAGUUGCGAGGGAUGUAAAACAUAGUUCUGAUAAGAGGAAUGAUGAGAAGGGAAAGAGAUUCGAUGCUAAGCAGGGAAAUAGGGGGGUUACGGCGGUGGUUAGUGAGGAUGUUGAACCGCAGACUUUUGUGGAUGAAUUGUUUCAGAUUUGUGUUAAGAAUUCGGGGAUGCUUCAUUAAUUGUGGUUUGCAAAGUGAGGAAUGGAUCUGUCUAUUGCAUUACGGUAGGUUUAGAUUCAGAUUAGAUGGAUAACAUCAGGCUAGAUUAGACGAGAUUCACUAUUGAUCGUGCGCUUGAAUGGAUGGAACCUGAAAUCAUGAUGGCCUGUU